CUCCCUCCCCCUCCCCUCCCUCCCCCUUCCCCUCCCUCCCCUCCCUCUCCUCCCUCCCCUCCCUCCCCCUCCCCUCUUCCCCUCCCUCCCCCUCCCAUCGUCCCCUCCCUCCCCCUCCCAUCUUCCCCUCCCUCCCCUCCCUCCCCUCCCUCCCCCCCUCCCCCCUCUCCCCUCUGUCUCCUCCCUCCCCCUCCUCUCCCCUCCAUCCCCCCUCCCCCUCCUCUCCCCUCCAUCCCCCCUCCCCCUCCUCUCCCUUCCAUCCCCUCCCUCCCCCUCCUCUCCCCUCCAUCCCCUCCCUCCCCCUCCUCUCCAUCCCCUCCCUCCCCCUCCUCUCCCCUCCCUCCCCCUCCUCUCCCCUCCCUCCCCCUCCUCUCCCUCCUCUCCCCUCCAUUCCCUCCCUCCCCCUCCCCUCCCUCCCUACCCUCCCAUCUCUGUCCCCUCCCCUGCCCCCUCCCCUCCCCCUCCCCUCCCCCUCCCCAUCCCCUCCCUAUCCCCUCCCCCUUCCCUCCCCCUUCCUCCCCUCCCCCUUCCUCCCCUCCCUCCUCCCCUCCCUCCUCCCCUCCCUCCUCCCCUCCCUCCUCCCCUCCCUCCUCCCCUCCCUCCUCCCCUCCUUCCUCCCCUCCCUCCUCCCCUCCCUCCUCCCCUCCCUCCUCCCCUCCCUCCUCCCCUCCCUCCUCCCCUCCCUCCUCCCCUCCCUCCUCCCCUCCCUCCUCCCCUCCCUCCUCCCCUCCCUCCCCUCCUCCCUCCCCUCUCUCCCCUCACUCCCCUCCCCCUCCCCUCACUGUCCCCUCCUUCCCCUCCCCUCCCCCUCCCCCUCCCCAUCCCCUCCCUAUCCCCUCCCCUCCCCCUUCAUCCCCUCCCCAUUCAUCCCCUCCCUCCUCCCCUCCCUUCCUCCCUCCCUCCUCCCCUCCCUCCUCC